UGCUCUCACUAAAAGACAAAAACAAUCACUAGACCUUCUUCAAUCUCUGCAUCCAUGGAGUCUCUCUCUUCUCUCUUCUCCUCAGAUCUCUCCUAAUUCCACACUCUCUGAUUCCUCCCCAGCAAAAACCCAUGUCUUAUCUCCUUUGCGCCGAUCCCCUAUCUCGGAUUCACCCGGAGCCUCAAUCCCUAGAAAAUUCCGAUCACUUCGACCUCCUCCCUGACUCUCUCCUCCUCCUCAUCUUCGAUAAAGUCGCCGACGUCAAGGAUCUCGGCCGUUGCUCCAUCGUCUCCCGUCGGUUUCACUCCUUAGUCCCUUUCGUCGAGAACGUACUCGUCCGCGUCGAUUGCGUAAUCUCCGACGAUGAUUCCUCCGCCGCCGACCGUCGAUUCUCUCUCAACUCCGCGUCGAUCACCGACGCCACCGCCGGUGGCUCAUUCUCCGCCUUGUUCCGUCUCGUAUUCGCUCCGAUUUUCAAGCCGUUUCAAGCUCUAGGGCAGUUUCUAGGUCCGAAGCGAUCAUCAUCGUCUUCUUCGCUGUUCCACGCAUCGUUCUCAGCACUCGAGGACGAAAUCGGAAGCGAGAUCGGCGUAACGCACCACUCGCCGACGCAGGUCUUGAAAAACUUCGCCGAGAUUCGGUUACUGAGGAUCGAACUACCGACGGGGGAAUUAGGGAUCGACGACGGAAUUCUGCUGAAAUGGAGAGCCGAUUUCGGAUCCACGCUCGACAAUUGCAUGAUUCUCGGCGCAUCUUCAGUGACUCGUUCGAAUCCGAAUCUUGUCAAGAAUCCCGUCGAUGACGACAAUGGUAACAUACCUGAGGCGUUCUACACCAAUGGAGGACUUAAGCUCCGUGUGGUAUGGACGAUAAGCUCGUUAAUCGCAGCUUCGGCUCGGCAUUAUCUUCUUCAGCCGAUCAUCACGGAGCACAAGAGCUUAGAUCGUCUGGUUCUCUCCGAUGCAGACGGGCAAGGUGUGUUGUCUAUGAACAGAGAACAGCUCGAAGAGCUUAGAGUUACUCCUUUAUCUGCUUCUUCAGCUUCGAAGAGGACCCUUGUGCCGGCACUGAACAUGAGGCUUUGGUAUGCGCCGGAAUUGGAUUUACCUGAUGGUACUGUGUUGAAAGGUGCUACAUUGGUGGCUAUUAGGCCGAGUGAGUCGAAGAAGGAAGUCUGUGAUGCUUCUUGGUUGUCUGAUGCGUUUGAAGAGCCGUUUGGGUCUGCGGCGAAGAUGUUGAUCAAGAGGAGGACUUAUUGUUUGGAGAUGAACUCGUUCUGAUUUCUCUCGCAUUAUGCUGGUUUCAGAUGGUGGGAGCAACGCCAAUCCAUAUUUAUUGGAGAAUGGAGUAAGGAGAAGAGAAGAGACGGAGAGAUCACAAAUGUCCUUAAAGCUAAAAAACCGCAACAACUCUGGAAGCGAAGAACGCAACUGUACAGAGAGAUCACAGAUUCAUGCGAAGCGGAGUUUCCAAUCGAAUCUGCAGGGAUGCAGGAGUAAAGGAGUUUCUCUGGAACAGAAGAACGCAAUUGUACAUACACUCUCUUGUAAAAGAAGUCUGUUAAUGAGCAAGAACAUGUGUUGUUUGUCUUGUGUUUAAAGACUUUAAAGAGACACAUAUUAGGAUGGGAAUCGCCGGGAAGGGAUUAUGUAUUUAUGUAACACGAGAGUUUGUAAUAAAUAUUUUUCAGCUUCA